CUCAAACUGGGACAAUGACACAAUCACUUACCAUCAUCUUGAUCUUCUAACCCUCAACCUCAGGCAGUAUCUAUCUAUCUUUCUGUGGGUUGCGUGUCGAGCACAGUCAGUCACCAACACCUCCGAUCCAACCCCCAAGGCCGCAUGAAGACCUGAAGACACAUAUCACCAUAAUGUACAUACUCUCUCGCAGCACAACACUACUUCUCCUAUGUCUCUUACUCAGCGACACAGUCAUCUCCGGCAAAGUCACCAACCCCAAACGCGUACCCAAAAAUGCCGUUCUCCUCUCAAAAGUAUCUGCCCUGACCGUCCGAGCUGGCAAGAAAACUACCGCUCGGAGAACCAGUGCCGUACCACAGUUGAAAUGUGUGGGACCCUCACAUAUCUGCAAACUCUACGAAAUCGACGUCAUGCGUUGCAAGAAUGAAGGCGCUGACUAUGAUCCAAACAACAUUCAAUGGAGUUGUCAAGCGUCCUUGCCGGAGGAAUUCAAACUUGGAUCAACGGAUGUUUCUUGUGAGGGAUACGAGAGUAGUGAUGAUCCUUAUGUCUUAUCUGGAAGUUGUGGCGUCGAGUAUAGAUUGCUCUUGACGGAGAAAGGUGAGCAGAGAUAUGGUGGUGGGUCGAAUAAGUUUUGGAAUUUUGGAUCGCAAGACUACGAGCGCAUUCCUGAGGACGAUGGGGGAAAGUGGGCGGGAAGGAUCUUCAUGAUCUUGUUCCUUGGAGUGCUAUUCCUGAUCUUACGAAGUAUGUUCAAUGCAUGGCGAACACGAAAUCCACGAGAUCCUCGUCCUCGAGGUGGUGGCGGUGGGUUUGGCUGGGGAGGCGGAGGUGGUGGUGAUAAUGACCCACCUCCUCCAUACGACCCUCGACCCUCUCCGUGGCCUAGAAAAGCGUCGUGGUUUUCAGGCACGCGGUAUUCUUCGGGUUCGAGUAGUCGAGCACCGCAACAAGGUUGGCAGCCGGGAUUUUGGACUGGCGCUGCUGCUGGGGCUGCCGGCGGCUAUCUUGCUGGAAGAGGCAGCCAGGCACGAACGCAGCAGCCUCAAAGGGAAUCAUGGUUUGGGGGAGGUGGUGGAGCCGGUCCUUCACUUCCUCGAGUUCCACGAAGCUCGUCGGGUUCAUCGAGUUCGAGAUAUGAAAGUACCGGCUUUGGGGGAACAUCGCGACGAUAG